AUGGGUGUCGACGAAGGUAGAGAGAACCACCGUCCGGCGGCGGUGGCGACGCAUAUCUUCACGUACGGCACCCUGAAGACGGGAUUCUCCAAUCACGGCUUGAUUCAAGAUCUGAUGCGCUCAGGGGACGUCGCCUUCCGAUGCAAUUGCCGCACCGUCGAACCCCAUCCUCUCGUCUGCGGGCCCUACCGCGUCCCAUUCCUCCUUAACCUCCCCGGCGCCGCGGGCGCCGACCGAGUCUCCGGCGAGCUGUACGCCGUCUCCGCCCGAGGACUCGCCCGCCUGGACGAGCUCGAGGGCACGGAGCGCGGCCACUACGAGCGGCUGCCAAUCAAGGUGGAGCCCACGGCGGAGGACGGAGGAGGAGAGGAAAUAAUCGCCUGCGGCGGCGGCGUGGAGGCGUAUUUCGCGGAGAAAAGCUACGCGAUAGAGAUGUGGGAGAGGUGCGGGAAGAGAGGGUAUUGGGUGUACGGCGAGAAAGAGGCGAGAGGUUAUGUGAAGAGGAAAGAUCGGCCUCAGGAUCUGAGCUUUUUGGAGCAGAUUGAGCAGUUCGUGUCUUCUUCCAGCUCUUCCGAUGACGACGAGUUCUGA